CCCCAAAUCCAAUGUCCAUCAUCAAUCAACACAAACACCAAUAGUCAAUAGAUCUCUCUGCCUUCUGGGUUUUCGAUCUUCUUCUGUUUUUCCUCAUCAACUUCGCCAAUCAAGGCAUAAAUUUCCAAUCUUUUAGGUUUUCUGUUUUCCAGUCUGAAUUCCUAAAUAUGAGAUAAUUUGGAAACUUUGGGGCUUGAAGGAAACCACACAUAGUCAGCUAUGGACACUCGUAGUGAUUUGAUCACACCUCCUUCCGCGGCUCUUGGUAAAGGUGGAGAUCAUACUGCUCCAGGUGAAAGAUUAAGCUCUUCCUCAUCUGCGUCGUCUUCGUCAUCUGGAGACCCUUUUGAAUUGGAUACUAAUGAAGCCGAUAAUUCUGCCUCAAGAACACCAGAGAGCUCUAACCAUGGAAAACAUAGUCAGUUAGCUUCAGAGUUUAUUCCAACCAGCUCAAUGCCACCCUCAGAUCAUCCUGACCGUAUGAGCCCAAACAAUGGCUCAGCAACGCAAUCCCCGCCACUGCAGGUGAUGGAGCGAGUUGGUGAUGAUGUUGCUAUGCCUUCCUCUGCAUACAGGAUCCCAUCUUCUGUAUUUGCUAGAACCAAUACUAAUGCUCCAAUGGAGUGGAGUGUUGCUUCCAAUGAAUCAUUGUUCAGUCUCCACAUGGGAAACAUGAGUUUCACUCGAGACCAAUUAUUCUGGAUGGGUAAAUCGGGAGAGCUAGGAUUGGCAGGCGAUCCUACCAUUAUGUCUGGAAAGAUGAUGGAUUUCUCUAGCAAUCAGCCUCCAAUUACCAGCAAAUCGACUGAGCUAAUCAAUUGUUCAAGUGAUCAACCUCCAAUAAGAAAAUCAACCGAGGUCGAGAGAAGGAAUGCUGAUCUUGAAUCACCUUUUGGCAUAACUGAAACAACAUCUGCUGAAACAAUGAUGGAGGUUAUAAGAGAAAAUGAUGAUAAUGCUAGGAGUAAGGAAAACCCAUCACAAGCCAAAGAACCGACAACUCGAACUUCAAGCGUUUCUCGCAACUCAGAUUGCAGUGGUGGAGCUAGUGUUCACUCUUUCGCAUUUCCAAUAUUGACAGGUGAUGCAAACAAAAGUGGUUCAUUGAAAGUCGGAAAUGAAAAGCCAAAGCAGCAGCCACGGCCACAGUCACAGUCUCCUAAAGUAUCCUCAGAGCCAAAUCAACAGUCACAACCACAAACCCCAAAGCCAGAGGACAGUAAUGAAUCUCCGAGACCAAAACCAACCGGGAAUGCCUGUCAGCGUAAAUGGUUAUCUUGCUUUUCUUGUUGGCAAUUCUGUUCUUGAGGGACAAAACUCCAUUGCCUUCAUAACAUCCUCUCCAUAAGAGGGACUAUGUUUUCUUGAAAAACUUAGAUCAUCCAUACAUGCUAGUCUUAACUUUAGUAGUCCUUUUGCAAGUGCUUAGUCUCAGUUUUGAUUAAUUAGUCUCACAGCAUAUUGUUGCACCAGAUACUGAGCAGGUAAUCAGAUGGAUUAAUCAUUCCGUCCAUAAACAUUCAUAAC